AGACCAGUGUUUACGACCUUUUUACGACAAAAGGUUAUUUAUUUCCCGUGUUUACAUCCAAACCUUGUUCAAUACCAGAGAUGCCCAACGCUAUAUAGUUGCAAAUGCAAAAACGGCAUCGGAUGGAAGCUUUGAGAGACGGUCUCCCCCUAUCAUCUCUGCGUCUGUUGGUUCCUCCCCUGCGGCUGGUGUCUGCAGCUCUAUGGCAAGUUGUUCAGCAGAGAGACGUAAUGGACUACGGGUUGGUGGAGGAGUUUGUCACCACUGUGUUGGAGAGAGUUCCUGAUAUGAUGAGUUACAGGGAGAGAGUCCAACUCAUCAUGGGGCUGCGAGCACAGCUGGUUCUGGAGUUGUGUCGCUCUGAUCACCUAGCCAACCCUGAGACCAUCCAGCCACAUCUGAAUAGGAUGAAGACCUGUAUCAUCACCCAUAGGGGCAAGGAGAUUUCUGAUCCAGAGGUGGAAGCGUCAGAAUCAAACUUCCUGAAGCUGAUUCAAACUCUGCUGGAAGACCCAGUCGAGAAGGAAUACUUCUUUCAGAGUGUGUUUUCAGAGGAAUUUGGCCCCAAGUAUAACUCAGCACUGCAGACUCUGGUGUGGGAGUUCCUCUCCAGGCUGGAGAAGCUGCUUCCAGCACCAACCCUUCAACAGACGGCAUCUUGGUUCCUACCUGACCCCUCUGUCCUGGAGGAGUGUGUGCAGUGUGUAUCCCACCCUCAGCCUUUGAAGACCCUUCUCCAGCACCACAACAACACAUGUAGACAUGUAGACACCAAUGGUCUGUUUUCUGGCGACAAUCAAAUCCCAAUCGAAGCUGACCCAGAGGUCCAAUCAGAACCUGUGCAGCAAUGUAUGAGCCAUGUCUCAUCUGACAAUGAGUCAGACAUGACCCCUUUGUUGGAACUGGGGAUUGAUUCAGACCGAACUGUGCACAAAGGGGUGGGGCCUGUGCACAAAGGGGUGGGGCCUGUGCACAAAGGGGUGGAGCCUGUGCACAAAAAUAUUAAACACAACACACCAGGUAAAGAGCUAGCAAAAUAUAUGCAAAAUAAUAAAUAUUUUCACUACCUUAACACUGACAGUGGGCUGAAAAUCCAAGGAAAAGCCCACAGCAGCCAACAGGAAGUGCAGGACAUUUCUAAUGUAUCUACUUCCUGUCAGCUCCAUCAGCCAACAGUGCUGCUGCACAGACUUGACAUUGCUGAUAUGCUUUUACCUGUGACGGAGGUCUCUUCAACACCGAGGAGAGAGAGGCUUCAGAUUGACAAAGUGGGAUCCCAAGGACAGAGAAGAGGACAGGUCAUAUCACAAAAGAGUGAGAGGAAUAUCAAUGAAGAGCCCUCUGAUGGUCAACCUCAGUAUUCUCUGGCCCCUGACCCAUCCCUUACCACAGGACAGCCUAAAAGAAGCAAGCGUGUCAAAAUAUGCUCCUUGUGUGGAAAGACUUUCAGCGAAGCAAAGGAUUUGACGGCACACAUGAGAUGUCACAAUGAGCAGAGCCCUUCCAAGUGCACCCAGUGUGGACAAGACUUUGAACACCAUGAGGACUUACAGAAACAUCAGCAGAAUGUGUGUGAGGCGGCAGCUCAACCAGAAGAGGACAACAUGUCUACGACAUCUGUGGAGGAUCAGACGGAACUAGCAUGCACGGAGCUAUCAGAGUCGUCCAAAGCCAGGACUUGCCGUGUGUGUCAUAAAACUGUCUAUAGUAGAAAUUAUUUGAGAAAGCACCUGAAAUCCCAACACGGUCAACUCCUGAAGAUGCGUAAGAAACACAAAAAUAUUAUCUGUUGCAUUAUGUGUAAUAAGUCCUUUGAUAUUUCUGAGCCAAACAAGUGUGAGGUGAACCAACAGCAACUCCCCAGGAAGGCACACCCAGAGGCCAACACACUUAUUGCUGCAGUGAUACCACAGCCCUCAAGCACUCCAUCCCAGAACCCAACAACCUCCAAUGCUCUGCCCAUUCAGGCACAGUUCUACAAUGACUACAGAACAUGUCUUUUGUGCAAUGAAACUUUCGAUACCGCAGAGACCAUGAGAAAGCACCUAAGAUUUCAACACAAUAUACUGUCUUACUUGUGCCACGAUUGUGGGGAAAGUUUCCCAAGCAAAUUAGAUCUUCAGAAACACUCAAAUAAUUGUUUGAGUAUUCCAGAUUCAAGAAAAUGUCAUGAGUGCAGGAAAAUUACUCCUCAAACAACGCAGCCGCAAGCAAACAUUUGUCAGGAGAUGAACCAAAGACAACAGCAACUACCUGCAGGGGGAAAUGAGAUGGAGAUCCCUCAGUCCUCCAACACAGACGUUAACUCAUUAAAUGACUUGCAGCAAUGCCAGCCAAAUGAGUGUGAGAAGAUUCACUUUCAGGGAGGGCAGCAAGACUGGAGUGAGGAGGUUGAUCCAAACCAGCAUCCAGAGGAGGUUGAUCCAGAGGAGGUUGAUCCAGCCGACAGAAGCAGUUCUCUGAUUCCAAGGGAGAAUGGGACAGAGAUUCCCCAGAGCCAUAGCACUUCACCCCAGAACCCAACAACCUUCGAUGCUCCCCCCACUCAGACGCAGCCACCUGGCAUCUCUCCCCCAGCCUCGCUAAAAUCUAGAACAUGCCCUUUGUGCUCAAAAUGUUUUGCUUAUAAAAAGACCAUGAUGCAGCAUCUGAGACGUCAUUCACAGGGUCAGGGACCCUUCAUGUGCACCACAUGUUCAAAGAGCUUUGGUACCGCCAGCGAUUUGAAGAGACAUCAGGGAAUUAAGAGCGGUUGUGGGCCAAAUCAUCGAAAUCUCGUCGUACCUGAGAAUGUUCCCACAGAACAAAAAACUGUCUUCUCCUGCCCCCAUUGUCGGGGACAGUACACGAGUGAAAAGAAAUUGAAAGCACACAUGGUAUGUCACACAGGAGAUGGGUUCACCUGUAGGUUUUGUGGCAAGAUAUUUGCUGAAGAUAAGAAAUUACGCAAUCAUGUUCGUUCUCAUAUUGACAGACGACAUCUAUGUGACACAUGUGGUAAAGAUUUUACAUCUCUGUCUAACUUGAAAAAACACACACUUGUACACACGGGAGAACAGCCGUACAUUUGCACAGACUGUGGCAAACGUUUUAGUCUGAAGGGUAACCUGAAAGUCCAUCAACAGAGUCAUACAGGAGAGCGGCCAUUUGCGUGCACAAUGUGUAAAAUACGCUGUUUCACUCAGACUCAUCUAAAACGACAUAUGUUGAGGCACACAGGAGAGAAGCCUCAUAAGUGUUUGGCUUGUGGGAAGACAUUUCAACGGAAAAACACAUUGAGGAAACAUCAGCAAGAUUCGUGUUCUUAGUUCUUGGCUUUUACACACUGCCUUCUUGAGAGGCAGACUCAGUCAUACUUUUUUUUUCGCUCAACAUUGAUUACAUUUAGUUGAUGACAUUAAUGGCUUGCAAUUGGUUGUAGGUUCUAGUCAACAGACAAGUAGGCAUCCAUCUUUUGCUACUUUAACUUUUUGCAUAUUUGUAAUAUCUAGCCGUUUUGUGUGUGUGUGUGUGUAAAGGAUAUUGUCAAUGGGUUGCUGUACAAUGCUGACAGAAAAAUAAUAUAUAUUCUGUUUUGUGUCAAAUGUUGCCUUUUUUUCUGUCAGCAUUGUACAGCAACCCAUUGACAAUAUCCUUGACAAACUGCAAAUGUAAGUCUACAAGAGAGAUUGAAAUAAGCACAACAUAGGUAGACCGUAUGCAUUUUGAAUGUAAACAAGUAUAAAUUGUCACCCCUCCAUUUUGUUAUUGUGUUUAACAAUGCUCAUGUGCUGUGAUCUUAUUUACUAUUAUGUAUUGAUUUCUUCUUCAGUCUUUAUGGGAUGUGCACUGCACAGAACACAGGAAGUAUAAUGACUGAAUUAUCACGGAAUUAUUGUAAUGUUUGUGUCAGUUUAAUCCUGUAAGGGAUGGAUUGCCAACUGGCAAUUUGACACAAAAAUAAAAUGUAAUUCACCACA